AUGCGUUUAUUAUCUGAGGAAUUGCUAUCUUAUUUCCGCCUGAGCUAUCUUACUCCUGAGACGCCUCAUUCCCUUGCUGAGGUCUUAACUCAUUCUUCAGAAGUUCAACCUCUUCCUAUAAGUGACAUGGAGAUAAUGAGGCGCGGUCGAGUUAUUUUAGAAAGGAGAUCGCUCCCCUACUCGUCUUUGACCUCUGUCGGUGUGGCUUCCCCUGCAAAUCCUCGACCCCGUCUUCCUCGCAGAGUCUCCUCUACUGUCCAACAUGCCUCCUUUCCUCGCCCUACUCAUCCCCGGUCUGCACCUUCAUCCCGGACGACCGCCCCUGUUCGUCCACGAGCCCCGCCUACUGCUCAGCCCUUCACCCCGACGCCCCUUCAGUCAAUUGAUCCUUUCCGACCGACCUCUAGCCCUGGUCGUGGCCGCGGUCGCAGAUCUGCCAACGCCCCCAAUGUCAGCCCUGCCUUCAGAGAAGCUUCUCAGGCAGCUCGUCGGGCUCGUUCUAGACUUCGCCGUAGAGCCCCCAAUCCUAGCCAAGAUUCGGGCCCUUCCGCUGUUCCUCCUCCUCCGCCUCCUGUUACAACCCCGACUCCUGCCCCGGGCCAAGCAGAUGCUUCCCCUGCUCCGCCUGAGGUUCAGGUCGAGUCUCCGUUAGCUCAACCUUCCACUUCGCAACAGCAUCAGAGCACUGAGGCUGGCCCCUCGCAUUGCUCUUCACCAGCCACUUCACCUCCAGAACCUUCUCGGGUGCCUCCCGCAGCUCCUUCUGAGUCAGCUGUUGGGCCUUCCCAACCACCACCACCUGUUCCUCUCUAUUAUCGUACCACUGCUCAUUCUGAGGUUGAGUUACAGUCACGGCAAGAUGUUUCCACUAGCUCCUUGAUAAUGAAAGGUCGCCUGGCCACUUUGUGGGAAGAAAGUAUGCAUCAAAUGAAACUCUUGUUGCCCCCUGCCCAGAUGGAUAGAUUCUCUGAGCUGUAUAUCAAGGCCUGUGCAGAGUCCCUGAUGAUAAACCAGUCCUUCCAGGAUGUUCAUCAUCAAAAUAAGAUGUUGCGAGAUAUAGUAACAGAAUUGGAGCUUCAAUUAAAGGACCCUGCGUAG